CUCCCCUCGGGUUGGUACACGUCACCACGCUCUUGAGUUGGCGGCAGAGGAAAGAGAGAAACGUGUCCAGCCCCUCCUCCCCGCGCGACCCGGAAGAGAACGGCUCGGGUCGGGCUCAAGAUGGCGCCUCCCACGCCACUCCUGGCAGUGCGAGGAUCUGAAGGACUCUAUAUGGUCAAUGGGCCUCCACAGUUUACAGAGAAUACAUCAUUUCAAAGGGAGUCUGGAAAAAACAGCAAGGUUUUUGCCUUCAGCAAGGAUGGAUCCCUUUUUGCUUGGUGCAACGGAGAACAAGUAAACAUUGUGAAUGUCACCAACCACAAUGUGCUACAAUCCUUUGAUCUGCCAAAGACUGUUUGCCUUGAAUUCUCGCCAAAGAGCAAUGUCCUAGUAACGUGGCAGCCCUAUACAACUGCAAAAGAUGGUGCUGCAGGGAUACCCAACUUACAGCUUUUUGAUGUGAAAACUGGAGAGUGUUUGAAGUCUUUCAUCCAGAAAAAGAUGCAGAACUGGUGUCCCUGCUGGUCAGAUGAUGAAAGUAUAUGUGCCAGGGGUGUUAACAAUGAACUGCACUUCUUUGAAAACAACGACUUCAGUACAAUUGUGAACAAGCUUCAUUUACAGAAAGUCACUGAUUUUGUGUUGUCACCCGGCAAUCAGCCAUCCAAGGUUGCUGUGUAUGUUCCUGGAAGCAAGGGGGCCCCAUCAUUCGUAAGACUCUACGAAUACCCUAAAUUUGAAGGCCCACAAUCCAUGUUGGCCAACAAGAGUUUCUUUAAAGCUGAUAAGGCAACAAUGCUAUGGAAUAGUAAAGCCACUGCAGUGCUUGUGGUAGCUAGUACUGAAGUUGAUAAAACAGGAGCAUCCUAUUAUGGAGAACAAACCCUGCACUACAUUGCAACAAAUGGGGAAAGUGCUGUUGUACAACUGCCGAAAAAUGGUCCUAUUUAUGAUGUAGCCUGGAAUCCCAAUGCCACAGAGUUCUGUGUUGUUUAUGGUUUUAUGCCUGCCAAAGCUACUAUCUUCAAUUUGAAAUGUGAUUCUGUUUUUGACUUUGGGACUGGCCCACACAAUGCUGCUUACUACAGCCCCCAAGGGCAUAUCUUAGUAUUAGCUGGAUUUGGGAAUCUUAAUGGACAACUGGAUGUGUGGGAUGUUAAAAACUACAAAUUGAUUGCCAAGCCACAGGCCCCCGAUUCAACUUAUUUUGCAUGGUGCCCUGAUGGGGAACACAUUGUAACUGCAACAUGUGCCCCCAGGCUUCGAGUUGGGAAUGGGUACAAGAUCUGGCAUUACUCUGGUUCUGUACUAUAUAAAUAUGAAGUUGAGCAAAACACAGAACUUUGGCAAGUUGCCUGGCAACCCUUUUUGAAUGGAGUAUUUCCAGCAAAGCCAAUAAAAUAUCAUGCUGUUCCGAGCAAAGUAUCGAAUGAUGAACCAAAGCCAGGCCAAGCUUAUAGGCCUCCUGCUCUGAGAAACAAGCCAGUAACUAGUUCUAAACUUCAUGAGGAUGAACCACCACAGAACAUGAGGUCACAGUCAAAAAGUGAUGAUAAGCCGUUAUCUAAAACAGCACUCAAAAAUCAAAGGAAGCACGAGGCAAAGAAAGUUGCUAAACAGGAGGCCAGGGCCGAAGGGAACCAGGAAAGUGCUCCAGCCCCAGCCAUGCAGACUGUAUUGCACAAUAUACCACCCGCUGUAACAUCGGGAGAUCCUGAAGUGGAUAAGAAGAUAAAGAAUCUGAGGAAGAAGCUAAAAGCAAUUGAACAGCUGAAAGAUCAAGCUGCUACAGGCAAACAACUAGAGAAAAACCAGCUGGAGAAGAUUCAAAAAGAGGCUGCCCUUUUAAAGGAGCUUGAAAAUCUGGAACUGGGACUCUAGAACUACAGAAGAAUUGCAGUUUUGUUCUACAGAAUCACUGAAUAGUAAAUGACUUCAGAAUGUUCAUUUUUAAAUGCAUACAGCACAGAUGCUUUUUAUUAUUUCCCCUUAAUAUCUAAAUAAUUGCAGAAUUUAACAAGAAAUGUAAUUUAGAACCAGGCAAACCAUUUACUGUGUUUCAAAACACAUUGAUGAAUUCCUAAUAAAGUACAAGGGGUCUUCUUACUUUUUUGGACAAGAACUCUUGUUUCAUCUGUAGAUAAGAACCUUAUGCAACAAUAAGAUGCAGAUUGUAAUAAAAGAGAAUUUGUCGUUAAUUAAAGACUUUGGUUUUCUUUUAAGGUCUUAAGAUCUUAUACAUUUCUAAAACACCACCAAAAUAAGCCUGUUAAACAUCUGUUUUAGCUAGCUUCCUUUUUAAAAAAAUAGGUUUAGGCUAAAUUUUCCUAGAAAUGAAUGGGUUUUUAUUAUCUUGCUAUGAACAAGAAUUAAAGAAAAUAAGAAAAUGAAUUACAUGUAAAGGAAAAGGAAUGAACCUGAUUAUUCUGCAAGUGUUCUCACCAGUUCCUUUGUAAAGAUAGAGGAAAUAAUUAUGCAUGUAUCAUACCUUAUAUGAUCUUGGAAGCUAAACAGGGUCAGCCUUGGUUAGUACUUGGAUGAGAGACUACUAAGGAAUAUCAAGUGCUAUAGGCUAUAUUUCAGAGGGAGGCAAUGGCAAGUAACCACUGUAUAUUCCUUACCUAAGAAAAACCUAUGAUAUUUAUGGGACUACAAUGAGGAGGAGACUUAAAGUCACAUGCACAAAUGGUUCAGGCAUACAGAACAUAUGGCUCUCUAGAUCAGAGAUGUCAAACUCAUUUUCAUCGAGGACCACGUCAGCCUUACAGUUGCCUUUUAAGGGCCAUUGAAUCCAUGGUCAGAGAAUCAGGAUACAGAGGAACAACUAUAUUUUUUUACAUAGUGAUUGGUGCUCUUUAGCUUUUACCUAGUUUGGGUCCCCAGAUGUGAUUGAAUGACAACUUCCAUCACUGCCAUGAGGACUGGGGAUAAUGGGAAUUGCAACUCAAAAGCACUUGUUGCUCAGAAGUUGGGGAAAGGUUAACAGAAAAUUUCAAGUCAGAUGUAAUAUCCAGAAGCAUUGUGUAGAAAUCCAAACCCCACUCUCCUGACUAAAAAUAGCAAACCACAGCCUUCCAGAUGUUACUGUAUCACAACUCCCAUCAACUCUACUCAUGAUGUCUAAUAAUGAAUUCAGGAGUUGUAAUUCAGCAUCUGGAGGGCUACAUAAAAUUACAUGGCAAGCCAGAUUCAGACUGUGAGCCUUAAGUUUGACCCUUUCACUCUAAAUAUUGUCAGCUUGCAAUUCUUAUUCUACCUGGACUGGCUACAGCUGCUGCAGGCUGCAACCAGACAACUUAUAGAGAGCCUUAUCUUCCUGCCUUGUGCUGUGGUUUAUGGUAUACUAUGUGAUAUAAUUUACUAUUGAUAUCUCAAUAAAAUCUUAUGGACUGAG